AUGUUUCAUAUUAAGUUUUAUGUUAAUAACGUGCUUUUAAAAUGUCUUUUGAUUUAAAUCACAAGUAUUGGAUAUCUACUACAAAAGAAAUCGGCCAACUUUUAAAAAAACAAAAUCGCUUAAAAAUAAUUGAACCACCUGAGGAUAAAGCAAUAUCGUUCAAAAUAUUUUCGGAGCUCUACGUCUUAUAUGUGGAACUUGUUAAUAAACUCACUUUUAUCUACUUUAACACAUUUCAAGUGCAAAAACGGUCAGUGGUCAGAACGCUGGUCGAAAAUGCCACCCAACAGCUGAUGUUUCUUAAGGAGGAGCUAAAGGAAAUGGAGUUAAGCGAAUAUAUUUAUUUAGACAAAGUAUUAAUUGCCAGAAAGCUUACGCCGCGCGAUUUAAUGAUAUGGCGGUCCCCGCAAUUCUUAUAUCGCCGUCCAUUAGAUAUUCAAAACAUAUUAUCAGAUAAUAAACUGUAUAUGAACGAUCAAGAAAAAGAAGAAAGUGAUGCAAAGAGCUGGAGUAAAGUUGCAGAAGCAGUAGAAGUUGUACAAGCACACGAAAGAGCACGGCAAGCUCGUGUUUACAAGUCGAAUAUAAAAUAUGACAAAAAAAAGUUUCUAGAAGUUAAGCAGAGAAAAAAAGUUACCUAUAGGUUUACUUUUAAGCCGAAUCAAGCAAUGAGCAUACCUGUUAAAAGAACUUUAUUCACCGCAGAUUUUAUUAAGACUGACGAAGCCUGUAACGAUUUAAGAGAUAAAAACGAAAAUGAUGAGGAGACCCAUAAUGAGAGUGAAAUUGAGCGAAUUAACCAGUUACGAGAUAACGCGGCCCGUACUAUUCAAUCUUGGUGGAGAGCCUACAAAACCAAAAAAAUUUAUAAAAUUAGGAAACAGUUUAAAAGGGAAAUGCUGGGCAUUAGAAAAACGCGAAGAUUAAAGAGACCAAAUCGGUUUGCAAAUUCGGUUCUAGAGAUGUAUAAAAAUGAACAAAAAAGAAGGAAACUUGACGAAGAUUUUGAAAAACUAAUUAUGGACGAGCGAACACGCCUUCUUCAGAUGCGCUCUCCUUGGAUGAUGGAAGACAUUUCCGAUCAUAUUCGAGCUUGGUUCCAGGAAUUCUAUGACAAAACGGGGAAUUUUCACAACUAUCCGGAUCCUGUUAAAAAAGGUACAGUGUUAGUUGUCAUCGAUGAAACCAUGACGCCCUUAGAGUUUCAGGAAUCUCUCAACAAGAAACCAAUGACAAAAGAAGAGAUGAAGAAAUUGCGUGAUAAGAAAAAAGCGGAGAAAAGGAAAAUAAGGAAUAAAAUAAAAUCACAGAAAAUGAAGGAAGCUAAGCGAAGAUUGAAAUUAAAGGCUGCCGGAAUAAUUGAUGUUGGCUUUAUACUUUCCGACAGCAAGCCAAUAGAAAAAAUUGAAGCGACAAUGAAGCAAUUUUCAAUUGAUUGGCGAAAUGUUGAUGAAUAUCUAAAUAAGAAUCAUGACCCAAUUAAAAGUUGGGUGACCGAAGAACAAUUAGAUAUAAUACAUCACGAAUUGCGCGAGUUGGUAGAUGAAUAUAUGCGGGUUGAAUAUGAAUUACUGAGAAAGGCUUUGGCUGAUGAUAAAAAACUUCCCUAUAAGCCCGAAAAGGUUAAAAAGCCUAAGAAAAAAAAAGGAAAGAGGAAGAAGAAACCAGUGGAUCCGACAGCAGACAGAACUCUGAGCUCAUUGUAUCAUGAACUUAAAGAUGAGGGUGUCAUUGAGGAAGUUACUCAUAGAGACUUUGAUGAAUUCAUAUCUGACUUCAAUUUUACGGCGGAUGACACGAGAGAUGAAGACAACCUAACCACUAUUGGACCUGCAAAGGGAGACAUUAAAAUGGUUAUCCAGGAGAGUAUGCUGGGAAUGAGCGAGUUUGAUAUAGCAAAACCAAAAUCAAUUUUACUCGUUGGACCACUCAACAGUGGAAAGAAAUUGCUGUGCAAUAUCAUUUCAUCAGAGUUGGAUGCUGUUUUUAUAAAUCUUAGUCCAGAAAAAGUUUUAAAGCACGCUGAUGACAUGAAUAUGUUUCUACAUAUCGUUAUGAAAGUCGCAAGGGAAUUUCAACCUACUGUAAUAUAUAUUGAAGAAGCGCAUCGCGUGUUUUUUAAAAAGGUACCGGCUGAACUAAAAGAUAGUAGGCCAACACUUCUUGCCCCGUUUAUUGGUAAAAAAAUCUUAAAGCCAAUUAAGAAGACCGACAAAAUUGUACUUCUGGGCACAAGUAGUAUGCCGUGGGCGGCCAAGCCACAGCUAAAGAAAUCUUUCCAAAAAAUAUUGCUUAUUCCAAAAUGUGACUACGGUACCAGCUUCUUGCUUUGGUUGGAAUUGAUGACCGAAAAUGCGGCGGAUGAUUUAGAAAGCUACACAUACUCUGCGCUUGCGAGAGUUUUGCAAGCGUAUAAUUCCGGUGAUAUAACUAACAAUAUAGCUAACACAUUAAAUGUGGAAAGAAAAAUGCGCCUUAAGUCUGAAGCAUUGAAUCCGCGGGAGUUUUUGGAAUACUUUUUGACUGAAUUGGAUCCACCGCUUUUUCCGCCGGAGUUAAAGAUGAUGGAGAAGUUUAACAAAUGGUUUGGAAAAUCAAAUAAGUUUCAGAAAAUGCGGCGCGCUAUGAUGGCUAUAAAAGAAGCAAAGCAGAAGAAGAAAUAAGCAAAAAUUUUACAUUUGAUACGCAAGCUAGUAUUAAAAUGUUAUCAUUUAAAAUUA